AUGCGGAUACCAAAAGAACUGGAAAAGUUGAUGUUUUUUGGAAUCUUUUUGUGCCUGGAUGCUUUUCUGUAUGUAUUCACCCUGCUUCCUUUGAGAGUUUUUCUGGCAAUGUUCCGGUUCAUCACUUUGCCUUGCUAUGGCUUACGCUCUCGUCGGGGCCUAACAGCAAGUGAUAGACGUUUGCUACAACCUGCUCAGGUAUGUGACAUUCUCAAAGGAGUUAUAUUGGUCAUCUGCUACUUCAUGAUGCACUAUGUUGACUACUCUAUGAUGUAUCAUCUGAUAAGGGGACAGUCUGUCAUAAAGCUCUACAUCAUCUAUAACAUGCUGGAGGUGGCUGAUCGUCUGUUUUCUUCGUUUGGACAAGAUAUAUUGGAUGCUCUUUAUUGGACAGCUACAGAACCAAAGGAAAGAAAAAGAGCUCACAUAGGUGUGAUUCCUCACUUCUUCAUGGCAGUGCUGUAUGUCUUCCUGCAUGCUAUUCUUAUAAUGGUUCAAGCAACAACCCUUAAUGUGGCCUUCAACUCCCACAAUAAAUCACUGCUUACCAUCAUGAUGUCCAAUAAUUUCGUUGAAAUAAAAGGAAGCGUCUUCAAGAAAUUUGAGAAGAACAAUCUUUUUCAGAUGUCAAAUAGCGAUAUAAAGGAGAGGUUCACUAAUUACGUGCUGCUACUAAUUGUAUGUCUAAGAAAUAUGGAACAGUUCUCAUGGAAUCCAGAUCAUCUUUGGGUGUUAUUCCCAGAUGUUUGCAUGGUGGUUGCUUCAGAAAUUGCGGUGGAUAUUGUGAAACACGCCUUUAUAACAAAAUUCAAUGACAUCACAGCAGAUGUCUACAGUGAGUACAGAGCCAGUCUUGCAUUCGACCUUGUUAGCAGUCGACAGAAAAAUGCGUAUACAGAUUAUAGUGAUUCAGUUUCCAGAAGAAUGGGUUUCAUUCCUCUUCCACUGGCUGUUUUACUCAUCAGAGUCGUAACAAGCUCAAUAAAAGUACAAGGAGUCUUAGCUUAUGUUUGUGUUGUGCUGUUCUACUGUGGAUUAAUAUCUCUGAAAGUCCUUAACAGUAUUGUAUUGCUGGGGAAAUCAUGUCAAUAUGUAAAGGAGGCGAAAAUGGAGGAGAAAUUAUUCAAUCCUGUCCUGACUGCCACCCCAGGGAAGCCGGCUGGCAAACAGCAAAGCAUGUUUAAAUCUACCCAAGGAAUUUCCACAGAUGAAAACGGAUCUACAUCAGUUACCAAGCAACCGGUGCAUCAGAAGGAGAAUACGCCAUCUUUACUUGUAACGAGCAAUUCUGAUCAAUUUCUGACAACUCCUGAUGGAGAAGAAAAAGAUAUAAGCCAAGACAAUUCAGAAUUGAAACACAGGUCUUCAAAGAAAGACUUGUUGGAGAUAGACAGGUUUACUAUUUGUGGAAACAGAAUUGACUAAGUGGGGGUUUUGGUUUUUUGGUUUUGUUUUUUUUUGAAUCAAUGUGCUAAGGAUACUGAGCUGUUGGGACAGCAGAUGCUACCAGAAUGGACAGUUGCCCAAAAAGGCACAUAAAUAUUUAUUUAAAAACUUAAAUUAUUAAUGGCAAAAAAAUAUUAAUUUCUUUCUACAAAUAACUUGGCUUGGUAUCUGGUCAGGUCAAGUAAGUGAUCUUUAACUUGCCUCUUGGAUAAUGUGGUGGAUCGUGAGCCUCUAGCCUGGUGGCAGAGCUUCAGUAUCACUGGAAAAUAGACUGGAAAAAAAGCAUAAUCCAGCUCUGCGUUAUGAAACCAUGCUUCCAGAACAUACUACUUUUCAUGAAGGUUCCUCCAGUGUAAGGAUAUUCCUGGAAAUGUAUGACAACUUGACUGGAAGCUUGCCUUCCCAGUUACCUUGUUUUAUUAAACAUCUGCAAGCGGAAUUCAAAUCUUGUGCUUAUAUGAACAAAAGUAUCAAGGCAUAAAGCAUCGGUACAUAAAACAGUAAGUCAAGAUAGUUUUUCUUGUCAACAAAAAUCUUUUCAAGUUGUAUCUUGAAAAUCUUGUAACCAGAAUAAAAUUUUGCCUUUA